GUUUUUUUGAAAUCCUGUACACAGCUUAGGAAGAAACUCUCCUUAUACUAUCGCUUUGAAACAAACCGGCCUAUCAGCGAAUUAUUCUGUUUUCUUGUUUUGUCUUGUUAGCGACGUUUUCCAAGACACACAAAAUGGCACCAGGAAAGAAUCCAGGCGGUGGCAGAAAGAAGGCCGCUAACGGGUACCAAAUGCCCGCUCCUGUUCCUGUUGGUACCGUACUAACGGACAUGGCCAAGCGGCAGUGGAAAACUGGACCUUCGAUAGGAAGCGGUGGUUUUGGGGAGAUUUAUUGCGCCUGCGAAGCCAACUCCGGUAUAAGGAAAAUAGAUGAUUAUCCCAAUGUCGUGAAAAUUGAACCUCAUGGCAACGGACCCCUUUUUGUGGAAAUGCACUUUUAUAUGCGGAACGCCAAACUGGAAGACAUUGAAAAGUUCAAAAAAAGCCGCGGUCUAAAGCAUUUGGGGAUGCCUCAUUUUGUGGGUAACGGAUCACAUGAACUGCAAAAUUUGAAACAUCGAUUUUUGGUUAUGCCCCGCUACAGUUCAGAUUUGGGAAGCAUUUUCCUGCGCAACGAGAAACGCUUCCCACUACAUACGAUUUUCCGAGUUGGACUGCAGAUGUUGGAUGUGCUGGAGUAUAUUCACAGCUGUUCGUACGUGCAUGCUGAUUUGAAGGGUGCGAAUAUUUUACUCGGAUUCGGUAAGGCGGCAAAACAGCAAUUGUUUCUUGUUGAUUUCGGGCUGGCCAGUCAUUACACUACUAAAGAGUUCAAACCCGACCCAAAGAAGAUGCAUAAUGGGACAAUCGAGUAUACAUCGCGAGACGCACACCAGGGAGUACCGACAAUGCGAGGUGAUAUGGAGAUAUUAGCUUACAACGUGGUGCAAUGGGCCGGGACGCCACUUCCGUGGGAAACGGAAAAGUUGCUGGGAAAUCCAACCAAGGUGCAAGAGUCGAAAGAAAAGCACAUGAAAGAUGUGGCAGGUUUCAUGAAAUAUUGCUUUAAAAAGCAGAUUAGCAAGCCAAUCCAAGAUUAUGUCAAAUAUGUGUCUUCGUUGAAGUAUGACGAAAAACCGGAUUAUCAAAAAUGCCGAAAGAUUUUCGAAGCGGGUCUAAAAGAGCUGGGACAGUCUAAUUCUGGAGACUUGGAGUUUGAACCAAAAACUACGUCGGUCGCAGGAAGCUCCCGUUCGAAAACAAUAGCAACUGCAGAUUCUACUGAAUCUUCUGGUCCGAUGUCAAGGCCCCGGGGAAGGCCUCCGAAAGUUAUACAAACUUCACCAGAUACCACAUCUCCCGAUCCUAUCGUAGAACUGCCAAAACUGAAGCCAGAUACACCAUCUAGACCGGUUCAGAAGAAGAAGAAGGUAGCGAUAGUGGAUUCUCCUGAUCCAGUGGAAAUAAACGGUGGGCAUAGAACAUCUACUCCAUCGGCAGACGUUGUGUCAACGAAGCUAUCCUCUAUGGAGCAGACAGGAUCGUUUAGGCUGAAUACACCAAGUAGCAAGAGUGAAAACACACCCAAAUCUAGCAGCAGUAAAGUAAAGAAAACCUAUGCAUUCAAUAUCGAAUUAGACGUCAGUAUUGAUGCAGAUGUAAUUGUAAAUGUUCGACGUAAGAAGAAAGAAGCUUCAAAAUCUAGACAGACCAACCGAACGCAAUCGUCGUUGGCUUCACAACAGCAAAGUACCAGUAAGACUCCCAGUCCUUCGCCGCCAAAACGACCCCGACGUCAAAAUGCUUCAUACAAUCAAAGCAACAGUUCAGAAACGAUGAGCAUUAUUUCGCUCAACACAACCGAAGAAAAUUCCGUGUCAAUCAAUCCGGACGACAUCGAUGAGACAGUGCCGAAUAGUGACCCUAACACACCGGAACCGCGUUACAAUACUUCACGGUCUAUUUUUCAGCGCACUCCGAGACCGCAGAACUCGUCUGACCGUAGGGCAGUACCACUAACUCGUAAUAACGCAGUAGUCGCCCGUGCCGGAGAGUACAAGGGAAAGAAAGCUAAAUCAUAAAUAACAACGAAUCUCAGAUAGCACCACAACGUGCAUUGCUGACUCUUGAAAGGUAUUGUUUUCUUUGUUAACAUUACAUCGUCAUUCAUUCAAUUCCAUUAACAUGAUUGUAGUUACGCUCUACGUUAUCUGACUUGUUACAUUGCCGUUAAUAAAUCUAGU